ACAGUCAGAAAAGUAUUGGGUUAGAACACACACACUCGCCAUUCCGGUUUUCGCUAACCGCAAGCCUUGCGCAGGCAAUAAUUAUUGUUGUUAUUAAUACCGUGGCGGUGUGAGUGCACGAGGCGAAAGUACAUAAUCAUCGUCGUACAAAAAAAAGUGUUGCGAAUUCGUGUGGUGAGUCGUGAAUAAAAUACUCUAGUUCGGUGUCUUCGCCUUUGUGUUAUUUUAUCCGAGAUCGAAUUAUUUUUUCACGCCAACCGAGGAAGAAAAAAUACCAUCUCUGAUUCACGGUGGGAAGGAAACAAAUUACAGAACUUGCAAGUGAUUUCGUUCGAUCGAAGUGUGCUGUAGUAAAGGAUCCCCGUCGUACGGACGUCAAGUGAAGUGAAAAAUAUUUCGAUCGGUACGAUUUUUGCAACGAAAAGCAAAACUGCCAGAUUUUCUCGACACCACUGGAUAUACUAGCAGCAGAAUGCAUAUUGCAUAAUAUUUCAACAGAACGAGCCAUUUGGAAAUCGAAAUUAGCCUGAGGACAAAGUAAGGUGCAUCGCAGACUGUGGAACAAGUUAAAAUUUCUCUUUGUAAAGAGUCUGAAGGAACCGGAACAGCGACGAAAAGCGCCUUUUGCCGUGGCAAACUACGCCUCAUCGCAAAGAAAGUGGAGGACCGUCAUCAGAGCAAGCUUCCAUUUUGCUAUUUUGCCUUCUCGCGUUUGACAGAUCGGCGACACACGGCAGGAGCAGCUUAGUGGAACGUCAAAGGUUUUACAUCCAAAGUGGAAAAAGCUCUCGGGCGGAGUAUCUACCAAUUCUACGGCACAGAACCGGCAAACAAUAGUCGACGAGCUGGGAUUUCUUCCGAGUGCAGACGGGGGCUUAAACGCCGCUAUGGAUUACGACAAAAACGUCGAAGCAAUGGAUACGCAGGACGAUACCGAGUUAGAUGCCCCGAACGUACAGAACCUUACCCCGGCAGUGGUAAACAAUCCGGCAAACGGUGGCGGUGGCACCGUCACGGCUGGCCCUGAACAGAUGAACAUGGACGAUCAGGACAAUCUGGAUGACGAAGUGCGCUCGGAGGUAACCUUUAGUUUUAAGGUGGAGAACUUGAGCAAGCUGACCGAUUCCGUGCUGUCACCUGCAUACAACGUUCGGAACCUGCCUUGGAAAAUUAUGGCCAUGAGGCGAACCAACGACAGCACUUCGCCCCCGAGCAAGGGGCUUGGUUUUUUCCUGCAGUGUAACGGCGAGAGUGACAGCACAAACUGGAGCUGUUCCGCGUCGGCAGAACUGAGGCUGCUCUCAGUCGAACCCGGGAGAGAUCCGUUCGUACGGAAGAUUCGUCACACAUUUAGCCGAAUCGAGAACGAUUGGGGUUUCUCAUUCUUCAUGAACUGGCACGAUAUUCUCAACCCGGAAAACGGUUACAUCCAAAACGAUGCCAUCACACUGGAAGUACACGUGACGGCCGAACCUCCACGGGGUAUCUUCUGGGAUUCGAAGAAACACACCGGCUACGUAGGAUUAAAAAAUCAAGGAGCAACAUGCUACAUGAACUCAUUACUGCAAACCCUCUACUUCACGAAUCAACUGCGUAAGGCAGUUUACAAGAUGCCAACUGAGGCUGACGACGACUGCAAGUCGGUCGCUCUCGCCUUGCAACGAGUUUUCCAUGACUUGCAAACUCAGAGCAAGCCCGUUGGUACGAAAAAACUGACCAAAAGCUUCGGCUGGGAUGCCCUCGAUUCAUUCAUGCAGCACGACGUCCAAGAGUUCCUUCGCGUCCUGCUCGACAAGCUGGAGAAUAAGAUGAAAGGAACCAGUCUCGAAGGGACCAUUCCCAAACUGUUCGAGGGCAAAAUGAUCUCGUACAUCAAGUGUCAGAACGUGAAUUACACAAGCCGCCGUACGGAGACGUUUUACGACAUUCAACUCAACAUCAAGGGGAAGAAAAAUAUUAAUGAGUCUUUCAAGGAUUACAUCGCCACGGAGAUUCUGGAUGAUGACAACAAGUACGACGCCGGGGAGCAUGGUUUGCAGAAGGCCGAGAAAGGAAUCUUUUUCAGCAAGUUCCCUCCGGUUCUGCAUCUGCAUCUGAUGCGUUUCCAGUACGAUCCGAUUACGGACAGUUCGGUGAAGUUCAAUGAUCGCUUCGAGUUCGACGAGAAGAUCAACCUGGAUUCAUUUCUGGAAAAGCCGGAGGAUACCCCGGCGACGUACAUACUGCACGCGGUGCUGGUUCAUUCGGGUGAUAACCAUGGCGGGCACUACGUGGUGUACAUCAAUCCGAAAAACGACGGCAAGUGGUGCAAGUUCGAUGACGACGUCGUAUCCCGGUGCUCCCGGAACGAAGCCAUCGAGCAGAACUACGGCGGACAGUAUAACGAUUUGACCAUCCGGCAUAGCAGCAACGCGUACAUGUUGGUCUACGUGCGCGAGUCGGUGAUUCAUGAGGUGUUGGAGGACGUCAAAAGCACGGACAUUUCCGACGAGCUGCAGGAACGGUUGGACGAACAGCGUCGUAUCCAGCAGUGCCGCCGAACGGAACGCACCGAGGCGACCAAUUACAUGAACAUCAACGUACUGCUGGAGGAUCACAUGGAGGUGUACCAGAAAUCGGAUCUGUUUGAUCCGGCAACGACCACGUUCAGGACGUUUAAAGUUCGCAAAUCGACCACCAUAGCGGAGAUGGCGAGUUUGUUUUCGAAAACAUUUAAGAUCGAACCGGAAAAGAUGCGGAUGUGGACGGUCACGAAGAACGGUUCGAAGAUACACAAGUUUCAGCUGAUCGAUCCGAACGCAAACGAAACCUGCAGUAAGUAUGGCCAUCCGGAUCCGAAGAAUUCUUGGACCAUUUUCCUGGAGCUAGCCUCGCCGGAUACCAAUCAGUUGCAGCCAAUGGAACCCAGUGAUCUGUUGAUAUUUUUCAAAUGUUACGAUCCAAUCGAGAAACGGUUAAAUUACUGCGGGCAUGGGUUCUUCAAAAUGUACCGGUUUCUGUCGGACGAGGGCUUUCAAAAGGAAUGUAUUCGGCGGGCACAUUUCGAACCGGACACGGAAAUCACACUGUACGAGGUGACCGAUAUCAACAAGGCAGUUAAGAUGCAGGAUUUCUUUGUGAUUGAGUCAGCACUGUCGAUGCCCGUUAACGGUUCGAUUAUUAUUGUCGAGAAAAGAAAUCCAGGAGUGGAGAAUCUGGAGUUCCCGACCUGUGAAGAGUAUCUGAAAGACUUGUACUGCCGGGUGGAGGUAGUUUUUGUCGAUACAUUGAACCCCAAUGAUACUGGGUUCACAUUGGACCUAUCAUCAGAAUCUAACUACGAACAGAUUGCGAAAGCGUGUGGCCGGCGGAUUAAUUGUAACCCAUAUGAAAUUCAGUUCUUCAAGUGUAAGAACUUUUGUGAGAUCCCCGGACAACCACUACCCCACAAUUACAGCGGUACGCUGAAGGACAUUAUGUGUUACACGAAAGCAAAAGCAGUGAAAAAAAUGUUCUAUCAAAAACUGUCCAUCUGUAUCAAUGAGCUGGAAAAUAAGAAACAGUUCCGCUGCCUUUAUCUAAUGCCGAAUCUGAAGGAGGAGAAGGAACUGAUACUUUAUCCAAACAAGGACGGUACCGUGCAUAACCUUCUUGCGGAGGCGGCCAAAGUGAUUGAAUUCAGUGAGAACAGCACCAAGAUCCUGAGAAUAUCUGAAUUAUCAAAAAAUCGGCUCACGUUAGGACCCCCUAAGGACACCCCACUUGAUCAGCUCCAUGAAUACACGGACAAUACGUUCGUGCAGCGGACAGCCAUCAGCAAUCAGAAGAUGUAUCGGAUCGAGGAAGUGGCCGAGGAUGAGUUAAACCUGUCGGAGAAUGAGAUGCUCGUUCCAGUACUGCAUUUCACCAAGGAUAUUGGUAGCAUUUUUGGGAUCCCCUUCUUCAUCCGGACGGUGGAUCACGAAACCUUUGCCAGCCUAAAGGAACGCUUGAAGAAGAAGCUAAACGUUUCGGACAAGGAAUGGGAAAAAUACAAGCUAGCCAUUAUCACCGAACACAUCGACUACAUCGACGAUGAGAUGAUUGAGAUCAAUCUGGAGAUGUUUAGAAUGGAUCCGAGUGAACCCAGCUCUCGGACCUAUCUAGGGUUGGAACACAUCAACAAAAAUACCAAGCGGAGCAGGUUUAACUACAUGGAGAAAGCGAUCAAAAUUUACAAUUAAGAUUCCUUUUUUCCUUUACUAAUUAAACGCAUCCUUCCCAUCUGCCACCCUUCGCUCGUUUGUAUGAUCAAUCUGCGAUACGUCGGUUGUUGUCACCGUUGGAGGGUCACUUGUGUUCGCUUUCUCCACAUCAGCAGUAGCCAGAAAAAAACCACUACGGAACAGAGGAAACAAUUUUUAUUGCUAGUAGUUUUAAUCAAAUUGUUUAAUUGUGACUAAAAACGAAAAGAAAUAUACAAAAUGUCUGUCUAGACCGACACCUAGCAAAAACAUAGGCCCGCGCACUCACGUGAUGAUAGCUUCAACGGCAGAAUAAAAGAAAAGAAACGGUCACGUUCCAAAAUCGAAAACAACAAGGUUUAAAGUGAAUGAAAAAACUGUUAUUAAUUUUUUUAAUUAAAGUUUUUUUUUUAUAAUGACAAGUUUAAAAUGAGAAUGAUUUAUGAAUUGAGCAACUCAAUUAGUAAUGAUCAAUUGCAACUUUCAAUGGGAACCAUGAUAGUGGGGGAUGGUUGCAGCCAAUCCCCCGUGUUCUCGUGCAAAUAAAGGAGAAAUUGAUUUUAUUAGCUUUUACGUUCGAUGACGACGACGUUUUUGACCACGAUGACGCUUGCUUCCUUCUAUCAUCCCAGAGCUGGUACACGCUCAUUUUCUCAUUGUUUCGUUCUACCCUGUUGUUUUGCUCUGUUGCACCCUGGAUGAAUCCUUUUAACUGUAUCUAUCGGAACAAACACAAAACAAAAGUGGAUAAAAGCAAAAGAGAAGUUAAGGAAAAUCGAUUAUUUAUAUUUAAAUAUUAAAACAAUGAACAGAAAGGUUAAACAAUUAAGACUAUAGUUAUUAAGUCGCUAACUGCAAGAGUACAUAAUAACUACAUGCUCGGCUAGUAAAUCCAAGAAAAAAAAUAUAUAUGCUGACCGUGGAAGGAAGCCCGAUAUAAUAUUGAGCCACUCAACCUGGAAGCUGGAAGCGUAAGCCGUUUUAAUUUUCCCAUUUUUGUCACCACUCAGUCAAACAAGAAAAAUCACUUCGCUCCUCUGCUCUUGAACAUAAGAAACUCAAAGCCAGUGUGUCGCAGGCAGUUCCGUGAUACCGUCGGGAGGUAGUCGUGUAGAAAACGCAUGUAUGUAUAUGGAACAAAUUCUCUUAAAACGCAGGCAGAUGCACAUUGGGAACAUAUAAUCUAACCAGUGGCAGGGCACGCGGAUAGAUCGGCAAUGCAUUGGAAUGGGCGAUGGUUCGAGGCACCACCACCCUCGACAAUGAGCGCGUGCCUCGGGUGCAGCAAGAUGUGAAUCAGUAUAACAUUAACAACAUAAUUAAAAAAAAUACACUUCAAGGAAGAGAGCUGUUGAGAGUAAGAGAUGGAUGGAGCUAAUUGUAAUAAAACAGUAAAAAUUAUAAAAAAUGAAAAAAUAAUAAAAAAAUGUUCGAAAAAUCAA